AUGGUUACAGAUUUCUUAUUUUUACCCCAUUUCGUCAACUGUGUCUCGCAGGAAAUUCUGUUUUGUGCUUCCAUGGCUCACUUUCGAAGCCUCUGCAAUAGGUCAAGCCUUCUUAGAAGGCGGGUUAACCCGUCUUUUAGCUAUAUACUUAAUGACCAUGAUCGUGAAGAGAGUUCGGUUGAUGGUGGCCUCUCUCAAAAGGGAUUGGGGAAUGUGUACCAGCAUCGGUUCUUUGGUAACAGCUCUGGCAAUACCACUGCUCUAGGUCUCUAUCAGGGCGUAAGACGUACUGGGUUUUUGCUGCCAUCAAUUAUCGGAUCAUCUUCUGCCCGGUAUAUGUCCACGGCCAUUGGUGAAAGUUCAGACAAGAUUGAACUGAUCAGCGAUGUUGCUGAGGUUCUUGCAGAAACACCUAUUGAAGCUGUUGCUAGCCAAGCUGCUGGUGUUAGUGAAGUUGCGGUUGCUGCUGCCGAUUCGUUCUUGCCUGUUGCAUUCCUUCAGCAUUGCAUUGAUGCAGUCCAUUCUUUUACGGGAUGUAACUGGUUUCUGUCAAUCGCUAUAACAACUCUAAUCAUAAGGACAGCAACUGUUCCCCUCCUGAUCAAUCAACUUAAAGCUACCACAAAGCUUUCACUUUUGAGGCCGGAGCUGGAGCAGAUUCAGAAAGACAUUCGAGAUAAGAGCGCAGAGCCAGAGGCUAUUUAUGAAGGCCAGAAACAAAUGCAGAAGCUUUUCAAAGAAUAUGGUGUUACCCCUUUUACUCCAUUGAAGGGGAUAUUUAUUCAGGGUCCUGUGUUCGUUUGCUUUUUCCUUGCGAUCUCAAACAUGGUGGAAAAAAUGCCUUCCUUUAAAAAUGGUGGAGCAUUCUGGUUCACUGAUCUGACUACUCCUGACAGUAUGUACCUACUUCCGGUUUUGACGGGAUUGAGUAUCUUGAUAACAGUCGAGAGUAACAUGCAAGAAGGGUUAGAGGGAAACCCCAUUGCUGGUACCAUGAAAACAAUCUCAAGAGUCUUUGCUGUGGCAGCUAUUCCAUUAACCGCGUCCUUCCCCACGGCUUUAUUUGGCUAUUGGUUAACAUCCAACUUCUUCUCAUUGUUAUAUGGUUUAGCGCUCAAAGUUCCUGGGGUGAAGAAGUCCUUGGGCGUUCCUGAAAUAACCGUUCCACCAGCGGCCACCACAGCUGCCCAGGCACCCUUCAACCUGUUUUCAACACCCAAACAGGAAGUAGUGGAAGAAGUGGCAUCCGUGUCAUCUGAUGAAUCGUCAUCGGCAAAGACAUCCAGUCGUAGAGGGUCAUCAUCUUCAAUUCUUAGUCAGAGACUCAGAAGUCUAGAGAAGCAAGUUAAGGAGCGGAAGAAAAGCAAGAAGUAAUGCAUUGAUUUUGUUAAAGUGAUGGCACGGAGGAAACAAGGUUCGAAGGUGUUUUAAGUUGAAUUUUACUUAUGAUUAGUCAUAUAUCAACAGUUUAGAAGAGGAAGAGAGGGCUGUUUAGGUUUAAAAUAAUACCCCUCUUUUAUUACGUUUUUGCUUUGAUAUCCGAUCGUUUUGCGAGAUAUAUGUACUUGAAGGCUCACAACUAUAGGAGAGGGGGAGAAUGAAUGCCCUGUUGCAGGAGCUAAAGGCAUAGAAGAAGAGCUCUGUUUAGGACUUUAGGUUCUCUAUUACAUUGUCUUUCAUUUGUUGAACUAUAUGAACCUGAGAAUUGUAACCCUAAAUCCUGCGGAGAAGAAGGUUGAAAACUGUUUCACAUGAUCGGGCUCAGUAGAAUCAAAUUGUUGUUAAAGCUGGCCAACUUCAAAACAUAAGUUGGAUUUUGGUGCAUUCA